AUAUGAUGGGCCGGACUACAACUCCCAGCGUGCCUCGCGCGAAAAUCCGCGAUCACGUGUCCGGCGAGUCAGCUGGCUCCGCAUCUGGAGCCAGAGCCGGAGCCGCGGAGCCGGAGCAGCCCCAGCCGCUGAGCAACCUGAGUGGCCGCGCUUGAACCUCUGCCUCCCCAGAACUGAAGGGAGACGGGACACAGGAGGGAAACGGGAAGAAAGAAGAAACCACCUGCUCACCGGCUGCCCACCUGCUGCUCACCUGCUCACAGUGACCCAGAGAGGGGAAGCCUCCGGAGGAGCGGAGUCCGAGGUGCUGGGCAGUUUGGAAUGGAGGGGCUGGAUGAUGCCCUUUCACCCCCUUCCUCGAGCAUGUGACCUGAGUCACCCGAGUUGUCCUUAUUACUUAAAGCUGAGCCAAGAGUUUGCAGAACUGCCCCCCCACACACAUCUGAACAGCUGAGAGAAGUCUCUGGAGCGGAAACCAGAGCCCAGAAAUCCCCCUGUGCUGGGCAACUUUGCACAUUUUUAUGUGACUUAUUUUUCAACUAACUCCUGCCUUCGUCCCUUUUUUGAAUAAAGGAAGAAAACAAAACUGUUGUUACCUUUGCACGGUCGAGCUGGAGCUUUGCCCAGCUUGCUCUGUAGUCCAGGUGUUGGCUCACUUUUGAUCUUUGCUCAGUCGUUGACCCCGGCGGAUCAGAUUGCAUAAGGGAAGCCUACCCACUCCCCGUUGCCCGUUUGUGAUUGGGGGAUGUUGAUAUAUUCUCCAGGCAUCUUAGAUUGAAAAGCAGCCAGACUUCAGUUCAUGUUUCUUUCCAGUCACCCCCCAAGGGAUGUCUGAGCCUCCUGGUCUUUCCUUGUGGCCUGUUAUCAGAAGGAAAGGGAAAAGCUCUCUUGGUUCUCUUGAGCAAUUCUGAGCUCCUUUGGUGUGAGGAGUAGCCAGUCAGAGCCCCACAGAGUCAUUCCCCGGGCAGCAGCCCUUGGUCAUGCCAAUCCCGACCACUGUCUGGACGCUCAUUCCUCUCAUGGCUGGCUGGGAAGGAAGGUGGUGAGCGAGCGGCAGAGACGAGCACCGUGUGCAAGUAUCCCAUGUGGCCAUGGCUCAGACCAAUAUGGUCAUCAACAGUGACUAUGGUGACUGGGGUUGGAGUUCUGACGCCGGUGAGCGAGCCCGCCUCCUACAGAGCCCCAUCGUGGAUGGAACCCCCAAAGAGGAGGAAGAAGAGCGGGGAACCACCAACGGGGGGGCCACCUCCACUCUGGGAGCCAUCUUUAUCGUGGUGAAUGCCUGCCUGGGUGCUGGCCUGCUCAACUUCCCUGCUGCCUUCAGCACAGCUGGAGGGGUAGCCGCUGGAGUCGGACUGCAGAUUGGCAUGUUGAUCUUCAUCAUCAGUGGGUUGGUCAUCCUGGCAUAUUGCUCCCAGGCCAGUAACGAGCGCACUUACCAGGAGGUGAUAUGGGCAGUGUGCGGCAAACUGACGGGGGUACUGUGUGAGGUUGCCAUCGCUGUGUACACUUUCGGUACCUGCAUUGCCUUUCUCAUCAUCAUUGGAGACCAGCAAGACAAAAUUCUUGCUGUGUUGGUGAAGGACUCAGAGGAGGCACUGGACAACCACUGGUACACAGACCGAAAAUUCACCAUCAGCCUCACUGCCUUUCUCUUUAUCCUUCCCCUCUCCAUCCCCAGGGAGAUCGGCUUCCAGAAGUACGCCAGCUCCCUGAGUGUCCUUGGCACCUGGUACGUCACAGCCAUCAUUGUUAUCAAAUACAUCUGGCCGGAUAAGGAGAUGUCCCCUGAGGAUGUACCCACCAGGCCGACCUCCUGGAUGGCCGUGUUCAACGCCAUGCCCACCAUCUGCUUUGGAUUUCAGUGCCACGUAAGCAGCGUGCCCGUCUUCAACAGCAUGCAGCGGCCCAAGGUGCAGACCUGGGGCGGGGUGGUGACGGCAGCUAUGGUCAUAGCCCUCUUCGUCUACAUGGGCACAGGCAUCUGUGGCUUCCUUACCUUUGGAGUCAGUGUGAACCCCGAUGUGCUCCUCUCCUACCCCUCCAAUGACAUACUCGUCGCCAUUGCCCGCGUCUUCAUCAUCAUCAGUGUGCUGACCUCCUACCCCAUUCUGCACUUCUGUGGACGGGCGGUCCUGGAGGGUUUGUGGCUACGGUACAAGGGGGAGACGGUGGAGGAAGACGUGGCCAGGGAGAGGCGACGGCGGGUGCUGCAGACGGUCGCCUGGUUCCUGCUGACCCUGGUCCUGGCCCUCUUCAUCCCAGACAUCGGGAAGGUCAUUUCCAUCAUCGGCGGCCUGGCGGCCUGCUUCAUCUUCGUCUUCCCAGGACUGUGCCUGAUUCAAGCCAAACUUUCUGAAAUUGAAGAAGUCAAAUCCAGCAGCUGGUGGGCACUGGUCAGUUACGGAGUCUUCUUGGUCACCCUUGGAGCCUUCAUCUUCGGCCAAACCACAACCAACGCCAUCUUUAUGAAUCUUGUGGCCUAAGCUCUCUGUUUGGGACUGGACGGCCAAAGGGGAAAAGUGGCCUUUUCUCUUGAGACCUUGAAACCUAUCCACGCACUAGGCCCUGGCCAUUGUCAGGAGGACCCCAGCGUCUGCAUCUUAUUUGAUUGUGUCCCUUCGUCAGGGAGUUGGAGCUUCCUCUGCAAGGGGCUCUUCUGCUCAGAGGACAAGCCCAGGGACUUCCCCAGUCCCCAGCAGUGCUGUGGAUGGUGGCAAAGAAUCAUCACCUGCCACUGAAUCUUUGUAAGGAUCUCCCACUGUCUCCACAUUCAAAAUUCAGACCCCAUUUCUUUUACCCAUUGGUAGAGAGGAGCAGGAAAAGCUCUGAAGAGAUGACCUAUUUUCACCUGAGGGGUAAAUCCUCCCUCCGUUGGGAAACACCUUCUACAGAAAGCUGGCCCUAGGCGGGGAGCAGAGCCCGGCACUUCUGGGGUGGUCUUCCUGCUGGGGACACUACAUGCAACAACUAAAGCCACUUGGAACUUCAGGCAUGUGGUUCAGAUGUGAAUGCAGUAGCUGAAGCACAGUGUUAUUCCAAAAUCAUGCAAAUGACCAUUAUAAAAUGGAGGACUCUUCCCUGCCCAGGGAGAGCGAGCAAGCUCUGGCCAACAGAUGGUAGGGAUCAGCCCCAGGCCAGUUGUGUUGCCAGAUUCCUGGAUCCCUUGACCCUAUUUGGUCCCACUUUGUUUCCGCUAAUGAUUGGUUAUACCCAGAGCCAUUUGGAACCUCGUCUCUUCCUCCCAGCAUCAUGUUGGCUGGGACCAAUGCAGAGUCCAGACCACUACUCCAUGGCCCCAAGGCACCUCCAUCUCACUACAUUCCAGUGGGGCUUGGCCAGCCUUUUUGGUCUCAGCUGGCCCCAGGAUCUCACUAAGUCUAAUGUUUACAGAGACUGUUGGGCUUCCCUGUCUGCAAGAGGGGACCAACACAUGUCACGGUGCUUCAUGUAUCCAUUUGUUACCUCCAGAUUAAGAAUCCUCUUCCCUCUCAAUUUCCAAAAUGGCGCCUCCUUAAAAAUGGGGAGGAGAGGAUGGCAAGAUGGCUGUUUUGUCUUCUUUUGAACGUUCUCAGAAGCUCCCAGCCUGUGCUGGCUGUUCUCUGUCCAAACUUCCAUUUGCUAUUUUCAUUUAAGGGUGAGUUCAGUCCCUGGGUGGGAAAGACCCACCUGGCAUUAGACUAUUGAUGGAAACUGUAGCACUGGGGAGUAGGAGAGGAUUGGACCCCAUCUCUCUGCGGCCUAGCAGAUUACAAGACAGUUGUGAUUUUCCAUGCCUAGUGAUACUUCCUGUGCCAUGAUCCUCUUUCCCUACAUCAUUUGAUUUCUUCUUCUCUUAUACCUGGUGAAAAGGGGCAGUCACUAGUUUUUAAGCAACUGCCCUGCCUUCCAUCAGGCCCCAGUGGCAAACAGAUUCUGGUCUGGCAUCCCCCAUGCCAUACUCACAAGGUAAAUUGUGUCAAGAACAUCAUAUUUUAUUCUUUUGGAAUGAGAGAUGGAAGAUGAGGUCCCCAGAGGGUCAGAAGCAGGUAUCAGGUCAUAGAAUCUUAAGGUUCUCCAUUUCUCCACCGACAUCACGGUGUCCACACCUCCAUGAAGCCUCUCAGCAGCCCCUGCUCACUUUGGACAAUCUCAGGAAGACCAAGGAUAAUAAACUAGAACUAUGGGUCUACCAUCUUGCUUCUUCUAGGCCAAGGCCUCCACCCUUAGGAGCUUUCCAUCUCACCAGUUGAUGGAUCCAGAAGGAGGCUCUGGUUUAUAGGAAGUACAUUUCUUUCCCUCAAGGAUGCUAUGUCCUUGGAGGUCUAGCUAGGAACCUGGCCCCUCCCUCUUCCCAUGUAAACAACCAGGACCUUGAGGGUUCAACUGUGUGGGAAGCCAAGAUUGGAUAGCAAGCCUUGGAUCUCUCCCCAUUGUUUCCUCUUGCCCAUAACUGGUAAUACAGGCCCAGCUUCUUGCCAAGGUCUGGGCGUUUAUCUUCUCACUUGUCUCUGUCAAUGGAGGAGGUUGUCAGUUGUAGCCACCCCAUCAUCCCUUUAGAGAGAUUGGAGAUGAGGCCAGCAGCAGUUGCUUUUGAGGAGAUUCCAACCCCAGAUUAAGUGUGUGAAGCGGAAAAGAGGGGAGACUGGUUCAUACCUCCUGAUAUUCUCCCUAUCUGUGAUUUUUAAUGGUAUUUUUUCUUCCCCUGUACCCUUGGCCAUGAAAAUAUAUAAUAAAAGGGAACUUUGCUGCUGA